UUAUGUUGCCUAUUUCCUUCGCUCCAUAGAUGCUGCCUCGCACCCGCUGAGUUUCUCCAGCAUUUUUGUCUACCUUCGAUGUUCCAGCAUCUGCAGUUCCUUCUUGAACACAAUGAAAUUCUUACUUGCUGCAGCACAACAGAGCAUGUACAUACAGUACACUGUAAACAAUAUGAUAAACGAGAUGAAUAGUGGGGGGUGGGGUUGUACAAGCAGACCCCGCCUCUCUGGCCCCCACGCAAAUCAAAACUCCCUCUCUCACACACACACACACGUGUAAAACGGCACCUCCUGUACCAGCGCCGCUCGCCGGCUCCCUGCUCUCUGCUGCCGGCCGGUGCUGUCCCUGGGGCGGCGGAGUGAUGUGGCUGCUGUCGCCGGUUUGACCAGCAGCGAUCCCCGUUGGAGGAGGAGGAGGAAGACACUUGACCCACAGAAUGGCCCGCGUUGUCCUGCAACUUCUCCUCGCCCCUCCCGGCACUCUGUCCAUCGCUCUCUGCGUUCUUGUAGGAUUUACCCAAAGCAGCAGAAACUGCCAACAUGCGCCGCUGCCCGGAUCUCAGGGUGGACCACACGAUCUGGAUUGCUACUUCAUUGGGGACAUUAAAAAUGGUCUUAACUGCUUGUGGAGGUCUGGGACUCACGACACAAACAAUACUCGCUACAUACUAAAGAUACACUGGAGGGAGAACUCCAGCUCUAAAAAAAACACAACCAUCCCUGGUAUCGCCAUCCCUUUUCACACGAUUCCACGAAGUAAACUCUACAUUUCAGCGACUGCUUCAAUAUGGGUAGAGACCAUGAAUACAUGUGAAAAAUCAAAGCCCAUUACUUUGGUACCUCUUCUCUCAGAGAGACCAGAACCACCUUCUGACAUAAAGUAUUCCUGGAUAUCUGGACGGCUACAUCUGCAAAGGAGAGCUCAGGAGAAUUACCUGCAUCAGAUGGCAAUCAGAAAAGUUGGAACCAUAGAAUGGCGUUUGUUUAAUUUUACACAGGCUGGAACGAUUGAUGAGUUGGAACAACCCGCAGCUUAUGAAUUUAAGGCACGCUGUAAAACUAUCUCUGCUACCAGCUUGUGGAGUUUGUGGAGCCAUGUGAACUAUGUCCCUCCAGAGCUUAUAUACAAGCUGCAGAUACACACAUCAGUGAAUACAUCGCAGACAGACCCAGGGAAACGAUCAGUUUCCAUACAUUGGGAGGCUGUAAAAGAUUCAAGACAUAAUUGCACGUGGUACAACAUCACCAUCGAAAGGUUACCACCAGCAGAACCCAGAAACGUGAACACUAUACAAGUAGGCGAAGAUAAUUGUGAUCUCCAGCUCUCACAAGCGCCAUAUAAAGUGCGGGUUCAAGCGUACAACUCGGCUAGCCGUUCCCCUGCAAGUGAAAUCGUGAUCUCACCUUGCAACCCAAUAGAGCUAAGAAACAAGAUAACUGCCACAGCACUUGGGAAUGACAGCCUUUUCAUUAGUUGGAAUCCAAUGGAGGGAAAAUGGAAAAAAUACGUCAUUGACUGGGGCCCGGUGAUUGGAAACCAAACGCAUAUUACGCAUUCAAAAGUUAUUCCAAAGAAACUUCAAAAUUACACUCUGAUGGGGCAAUUUCAUCCAAAGCAACGAUACAGAAUAAUGUUACACAAACGAGCUAAAAAGAGGCACAAGCUGACUCCACCCAUUGAGGUAACCAUUGGGAUUGUCGAUGUUUACACAGUAGAAGGAACACCAAGAGUUGGUCCCCCCAAUAUUAUUGUCUCCGAUAUUCUGAAAUCCUCUGCAGUCAUACGAUGGGAUCACAUACCUGAAGAUGAAUGUCAAGGCUUUCUCCAAGGCUACAAGAUCUUUUAUUAUUCAAGGGAUUCCAGCAAAAGCAACCUAACAUACCUUGCAGCUGUCACAGUGAACUCUUCCACCACAAAUUACACCCUCACUGGGCUUUUGCACAAGACCUUCUAUGCCCUGGAAAUCUCGGGAUUCACCAAGGCUGGAGAAGGAGCCAAGAGUCGACUGGUGGCAUUUGAAACCAACUUUGGUGCUUUGGUUAAAGUCGCUGUUGGAGUUUGCAUUGCGAUUACCAUUUUAGUGUUUCUCGUGUCAUGGAUCUGCACGCUUCUUGUUAAAAGAAUAAAGAAAAUAUUUUGGCCAAAUAUACCGAAUCCUGGAAACAGUCACGCCAUCCGGAUAAUGCGAAGAGUUUCAUCAACGCCUCAGCACGUCGUUGGAUCGCCAUGUCUCCACGCCAGCUUGCUUGAGAUAGAAAGCGACGAGGCCCUCGAAAACCUGCACACCAUUGAAGAGAUCACCACUUCCCUCACCGAUUGCAGGUCGCAAGAGAGCGAAGCGAGCAAUGCGCUGGAGCACAAACCCCUGAGCGAUCCGGCGGGCAGACUGGCUGCGGCACAAGUCACGGAUUACACAACCAUGGAGGACUUCCAACAAAUAAUGCCAAUGCUUGCCUGCAACAAUACGCCCUCCAGGAGCGAGGCAGAAUGCGAUGGCCGGCAACAGAGUGGUGGCACUGUCAUUCAGAGCUAUCUAAAGCAGAGAGUCCAUCAUGCAGGCACAGACCCGACGGCACAAAACACAUUGAUUCCACUUGCUCCUGAAUGCCCAGAGUUGCUGGACAACUUUGAUAACAUCAAAGCCACACAGACCCUGCACUCGCCGAGUUUAUGGAAACCAAAUUCUUGAAUACGCUUCUGCGAUCUGGUGGAAACUGCACAAACAAAUGAUUCAAGGACUGUUCAUGCAAAUGUGUCUUGUUCAGCGGCAUUCAAACAGCACAAAGCAGUGAAGUUGAAGAGAAGACUCCUUCAUUCACCGUGAUCAAACGUAUCACCGCACGACUGCGCGAAAGAACUUCAGCCAUUAUAACAUGCGGGGCAGUUUGAGAGACGGGCGCGUGCACACACAACGCAGCGGGAACGCGAUGGAUGAGGAGGGUGGGAUGGAGAAGCAAUUACAGUCACGGUGGCCCAGCGGUGAAGUUGCUGCCUUACAGCAAGAUGCAGCGCCGGAGACCCGGGUUCGAUCCCGACUACGGGCGCUGCCUUUACGCAGUUUGUACGUUCUCCCCGUGACCUGCGUGGGUUUUCUCCGAGAUCUUUGGUUUCCUUCCACAUUCCAAAGAAGUACAGGUUUGUAGGUUAAUUAGCUUCGGUAAAUAUAAAAAAUAAAAAUAUUAAAAAUAAAAAUGUUCAGUAAAAAAUUGUCCAACUUCCAGUAUUGUCCCUGGUGGACUCUUCGGAAGGUGCAAGGUACAAUAACAUGACAACUCCAGAGUAUUGAGUAUAGAAGCUGGGAGGUCACGUUGCAGUUAUAUAAGACGUUGGUGUGGCCACAUUUAGACUAUUAUGUUCAAAAAGGAACUGUUUUAUUUUGUAUUGUGUGUUCUUUUUUCAUUGUACUG